UGAUUUUCAUUCAUUCAUUCACUUUGUUUCAUUAUAAAUACACACAAACCCAAUCUCCUCCACUCUGCAAACUGAAUAUUCCUCUUCCCACAAACCAAAACAUUAACACACAUUUCUCUCUGUUUUUCAUUCAUUCAUACAUUAAACACUCCAAAAAAUCAACCUCUCAGAAUCUCAUUCUCUACAACGUUUUCAUCCUCUGUUUCUUCCUGCGUGAUUUUCAAAUUCUCAUUUCCAUAUUGAUUCCAAGAUUGAGGAAGACCCAGAAGGAAAAUCGAAACAAAAAGGGGAAAAAGAUUUGAUCUUUGGUGUCAGGAUGAGGCUUAACGGAGAAAUCUCAAGCGGAGAAGAGCCGGAGGAAGAGGAGGAGGAGGAGAAAUCUCAGGCGGAAACGACGUCGUUUUCCGGGCAGAAAGUGGUGGUUGGCUACGCCUUGACGGCGAAGAAGAAAAAAAGCUUUCUGCAACCUAACUUCAUUGCCCUUGCACGGAACAAGGGGAUAUACUUUGUCGCCAUUGAUCUAAACCAGCCGCUGGCAGAACAAGGUCCAUUUGACAUUGUCUUGCAUAAGUUGCCAGGAGAGGAGUGGCGUGAGAUUAUUGAGGAUUAUAGGCAAAAACAUCCAGAUGUAUUCGUCCUUGAUCCUCCAGAUGCAAUUCAACAUUUACACAACCGCCAAUCCAUGCUGCAAGAUGUGGUGGAUCUUAACUUAUCUGACUACCAUGGCAAGGUCGGCGUUCCGCGUCAGUUAGUUAUCCCAAAAGAGAAAGACCCAUCUACUAUCCCUUAUGAAGUCGCUAAAGCUGGGAUGAAGUUGCCAUUAGUUGCAAAACCACUAGUUGUGGAUGGCAGUGCAAAGUCACAUGAGCUAUUUCUUGCUUAUGAUGAAUUCUCUCUUUCAGAGGUUGAACCUCCCCUGGUUCUACAAGAAUUUGUCAAUCAUGGUGGUCUUCUCUUUAAGAUUUAUAUUGUUGGGGAAGCCAUAAAGGUUGUGAGACGUUUCUCUCUUCCCAAUAUCAGUAAACGUGAGCUAUCAAAAGUUGCAGGCUUAUUCCGUUUCCCAAGAGUUUCAUGUGCAGCAGCUUCUGCAGAUGAUGCUGAUCUAGAUCCUAGCAUUGCUGAACACCCACCAAGACCUUUGUUGGAGAAGCUAGCAAGGGAGCUCCGUCAUAGAUUGGGUCUCCGCUUGUUCAACAUAGACAUGAUUCGGGAAUAUGGGACCCGGGAUGUGUUUUAUGUCAUUGAUAUCAACUACUUUCCUGGGUAUGGAAAAAUGCCAGAGUACGAGCAUGUAUUUACAGAUUUUCUUCUUAGCCUAAUGCAGAGCAAGUGUAAGAAGAAACUUACAGCCUAAAGUUAGAGAAGCUAAACUGUUUGUUUGGUUUAACAAAUUAUUUUCUGUUUUCUUUUUGGUUCUCAUUAAUAAUUACAAAAAUAUCACUAUUUUUAUUUUAUUUCUUGUUAUCAAAUGCUUACAAAGAAAAUGGUGAAAACAUUUUGAUGUUUCUAACAAGAAAUAAAAUGAUAUUUUGUAAUUAUUAACGACAACAAAAAGUAAACACAAAUGAAAUUUUGUUAAACCAAAUACUCAUCAUAAUAGAUUCACUGAGUAGAAGGUCUUGAAAUUUGAAGAACAUUAUAUCUUUUAACACUUUGUCUGCUACAAAUUGGCAUGGAAUGUCAAUGAGGCCGCGAAAAUAUUCCAAAUGGAUGAAGUAUGGUUUUCUAAUCUCUCUGUAUCUCCCUAUACUCUCCCAAUUGUGAAGCAAAAUUCCCAUUGUCUUGAGUUAUAUGCUGAUCCAAAUUAGUGCAAAUAUUGUUGGCAUCGAAUAAAACUACAAAGACUUCAAUUUCA